GUGAGCUCCAGGCAUCACGAUGAAACUGAAGAUCAGGCGCUGACCUCAGCUAGAAGGCCAAUUAGAUACAACUUAGCUUCACGCCCGAGAGGAAUUUCUAUUCUUCGAUUUUCUCCCAAUCGACUCGGGAGGAGACCACGCCCUCUGCUGAAAAGAAGCGAUUAAUAAACCUGAAAGAAAGCGAAGGUUAGUGCCAGGACCUGAUCGAGAGUAAACAAGGAAAUGCGGAAAGUCGCAAACUUUUAGUCCGUGCAAUUGACGCGUAACUGCAAUCGCAGAGGGGGGAGAGUUCAUGGCGCAGCGCGGAGGCUGCAAUGGGGAACGUCCUCCGGCUCUGCGCAACCAGGAAAAGUACCAAAAAAAGUAAAUCAAUAAAGAACAGUACAGUUUCCGAGAGGAGGACAAGAGAUGACAAAUAUAUGCAGUCAAAGAUACAUGAAGAUUCUCAUCCCUACGAUGAAGUAGCUCCCGACAUACCAUUGUAUGCUCAAAUUAAUAAAAAGAGGCCAGAAGAUAUCCACUAUGCUGAAGUUCAUGUGAUUCAACAGGGAUCUCAACGCACUCUCAAGCAAGUUAAGGCAAGACAGAAAGAAAAUGCAACGGAGUAUGCGACCAUUAACUUCACUCCUGUGGUAAAAUAUGACAGAAAAAAUGGGACUCUAGUAUAAAGCCAAACAAAUGUUGUAUGGCUUAAAACAAAUGCAUCUUCUGUAGUCAUUUGAAAAGGACACUAAUUUAGCAGUUGCAAAAUACAAACCUGGUUGUGACCUUGCUAAAAUAAUAAUUUGCCAAUAAUCGGAGAUAUAUCUUAUGGAUGCUCAUUUUGGUUAAAAUGAGCAAAAAUUGCAAAUGUAUUACCAUACCGACAUUACAAUAUUCUCAUGACACCUUUUUGGCUAGUCGUUGAAAGAUGUAUUUCUUAAAAACAUGCUUUUCAUUAUAAUGUGUCUUUUACAUGACGCACCAUGCUCAGAGGAAAAUGAAGUCUGCCUUUGGGACUGUUUAUACUUGCUAAACGAUAGUGUGAAUUUUAAAAUGAUUCCUCUUGAGACAUUUUACCCAAUUGACCAAAAGUCUAUAUUUAAUAAAGUAAUUCAGCUGUCUGGUUACCUCACAGCAAUAAUUUAACUAUUAGAUUCCAGAACCAUUGCAGGAGAGAUUUGAUAUGUAUCCUUAAUGUUAGAUUGCAGGUUAAAGGACUAGGUGCUAAAGUUUUAGCCUCUUAAUUCAUAUCAGCCUUGAACUGUAAAAUGGUUCUGGUUUCUUACAACACUAAGGUACAGAUUUAGAUAUUUUUUGGUAAUUAAAUGUGACUUCCUAUUGAACCUGUUCACUACAUGUAACUUUCCACAAUUUUUAGCACUUGGUUAUGGCAGGGUGAAAUGGUGGCUAAUAUAGGGUUUGCAUAAAAUAGUAUUGGUAACUUCUGACAUUGGGUUCAAAGAAUACUAUUGGAACAAAGGAAAGGUAGUUUUACAUUGUACCUAACUUAUUCUAUACAUGAAAUGAGCACUGACUCUAGGUACAAAAACUGAAGGACAAUGUCCAUUUUCCAUCCCGUGUCUUUCACCAGAGCGCACAUUUAACUGACAUUGACAUUAUAUACAAUCUCUCUUAGUUGAUCAUUGGCCUGGGUUGAUAUCAUAACACAAGGAAUGUUCUGUUAAAACUUGAAGAUUUCCUGCUCUUUUUAGUAUGUGCAAUGCCCAAUGAUAUUAAUAUAAGCUUAUUACACUACUACUAGUUGCAUACAUAGUAACUAGCAAUGUAGAGUAUUUUUAUCAUAUUGUGGAUAUAUUAACAAUUGUUCUGUAAGAAUGGACAAGUUCUGAUAGAAUAAACAAAAAUAUGAAGUUUUCCUAAAAUGUGUUUUAGUACAGUACAACCAUCUUGAUGUUCCUGUCCUUUGUUAGAUGGGAUUGAAUCCUAUAUUUAAAAAUGAUAUCCCACUUACUAUGAAGUCCUGGGUGGGUAUGCUGUGAUGUACACGAGGAUAAAUUUGCACUUGAUUAAACCUUAUUUGAUGAUGAGUUACCUGAAUAUUUUGUAAUGACCUGUAUGCUCAAAGCACUUGAUUGUGUGUACAGAUACUAUAAAUAUAUUAAUUUUUUAAAAGCA